AUGGCCCCAAAACACGACAUCAACAAAGUCGGCUCGGAGAGCUCAGACUUUCCCAUUCUAUGCGAGACAUGUCUGGGGCCGAACCCAUACGUCCGGAUGACCCGCCAAGAGUUCGGACAAGAAUGCAAGAUCUGCAACCGCCCCUUCACCGUGUUCAAGUGGAACCCCGGAGACGGCGGACGGUUCAAGAAGACGGAGAUCUGCACGACAUGCGCAAAGAUCAAGGGAACGUGCCAGACGUGUCUCCUCGACCUCGAGUAUGGCCUGCCGGUGCAGGUGCGCGAUGCCGCGCUGGGGCGCAAGAAUGAGGCACCUAGCAGCGAUAUCAAUAAGCAAUACUACAUCCAGAACCUCGAGGCACAGAUGGAAAAAUCAGACUCUGGCAUCGCGUACGAUGCGCAGCUCGCCAACGCCGCGGGCAAGGAGAUGCUCAAGACACUCGCCCGCAACGAUCCGUACUACAAGCGCAACCGGCCGCACAUCUGCUCCUUCUUCCUCAAGGGCGAGUGCACGCGCGGUGACGCCUGUCCAUUCCGCCACGAGAAGCCCGAGUCUGGAGUGGGACCGGUGCGCGGCAACGUUCAGCAGAGCAUGCAGGAUCGGUACUACGGACGCAACGACCCGGCGGCCAAGAAGAUCUUGGGCCAGGUGGCUGAAGCCAAGGGUCUUAAGGCGCCAGAGGACAAGGCGAUCACCACGCUACUCUUCCUGGGGGUGCCGAAAUGCGAGGAAGGUGAUGUGCGGACUGCACUUGCUGGAGCUGUACCGUCAGUUGAACCCGCGCAGAUUCGCUCCGUCUCCAUUGUGGGGCCUAGUAACUCGGUGUUUGUCAACUUUGCCGACCGCGGGUCUGCUGAGCGCGUGGCCGAGGCGUUGUCCGCUCAGGGCGGGAUCGAGGUGGAUGGCAAGCGCGCAAAGGUCGUGUGGGGGCGGUCGCGCAAGAAGGCCGCAGCGUAG